ACAACUGCGAUCACCUUCGGUUGUGUUUGUGGCUAGUCGAAGACAGACCCGUCCACAGAACUAACCAGCCAGACCCCUUGUCCAUCAAAGCAGACACGUCCUCCAGGCGAACGGAAGAACAACAGGCUACAGCCCUCCAACCCCUAAGGACUGACAUCUCCUUGCAAGUUCUACACACGCUGUAGCGCCCCCCCAUGGCUGUGGAGGAGCUGGGCAUCACCCUGUCCAUGGUGGGCCUGGCAGGUACCAUCCUGAUCUGUGCCCUGCCCAUGUGGAAGGUUACAGCGUUCAUCGGCACCCACCUGGUGGUCAUGCAGGUGUUCUGGGAGGGCCUGUGGAUGACCUGUGUGUCUGAAACCACGGGACAGAUGCAGUGUAAGAUCUACGACGCUCUUCUAGACCUGUCCCCUGACCUCCAGGCGGCCAGGGGCCUCAUCGUCAUCAGCAUGGUACUGGGCUGCCUGGCGUUCCUCGUCUUCCUUCUGGGGGCUAGGUGUACCAACUGCCUGAGCCAUCCCAAGUUCAAAGCCAGCAUGGUGCAGGCCGCAGGGGUCACCUUCGCCCUGGCUGGGUUAAGCAUCAUAGUGGCUGUGUCCUGGACGGCCCAGUCAAUCAUUAGGGACUUCUAUAACCCGCGGGUCCCUGAGGUGCUCAAGAAAGAGAUGGGGGCGGCCAUCUAUGUGGGCUGGGUGACCUCUGGGUUCCUGUUCUGUGGAGGAGGGGUGCUGUGUACCAGCUGUCCUCCAGGGGGGAGAGAGGGUAGGCAUGGUUCCAGCAGUAGGUACACCCUGGCUAGGAUGCCCAUUCACACUCACAGCAGCUACGCCAUAAAGAACUAUGUGUGAGAGGGAAGUGCUUUAUUUGCCUGUUAACUUCAGGCAAAUAGUGUUGGCAGGUGUUGGCACUAUGAAGAGAUGUCACAGCAAGUUUUUCCAUGACAACAUUGUUAUUUUGUACAUUGUAUUGUAUUGUCUGACUUUCAUAGAUUUAGAAUUGCCCUGGAACUAUUUGAUAGCUUGGUGGAAGUUUUUAAAAAUAAGAUCAUGUUAAUUGAUUCUUGUUACAAAAUAAGUCUGACUUAGGUAAUUGUAGCUAUUAAAAUGUUCACUCUAUCACCAUGAAAUAUGUUUAUUGAGGAAUUAUCUGUUAUUGAAAUAUAAUCACUGAAAAUCAAUAGGUUACUAAUAUUGACAGUACAACUACGUCAACUGAAUGAACCUGAUUGUUUUUAUAUCCCUGUAUUGUAAUUCACAUAUUUUCAUUUUUCCCCAUCCUAUUCAACUGUGGUUACUACUUAUAAUGUGUUUUUGUAACGAUGUUUAUCACAGUUAAUUUUGUGAUCAGAAUCUGCAUGCUAAGAGAAUAGAGGCAGUACUUUAGCGGGCAACAAAUCAUGUUCGUUGAAUGAUUUGCGAUUUGAACUUAAUAAAAAUAAACAUUUUGGUUAGAAA